AUGGAUGCAGAAAUUUCCAUGAUCGAGAAAAACAAGACAUGGGAGCUUGUUGAUCAACCGCAGAACAAGCCGGUUAUAGGUCUCAAAUGGAUCUAUAAGAUCAAAUUCAAUGAAGAUGGUACUAUCCAGAAGUACAAAGCUCGACUGGUGGCAAAGGGCUAUUCACAACAACCCGGUAUUGAUUUUCACGAGACAUAUGCACCAGUAGCGAGGAUGGAGACCAUAAUCACAGUUCUCGCUCUAGCUGCUCAACUGGAGUUACCAGUAUACCAGCUGGAUGUCAAAUCAGCAUUUCUAAAUGGAGAACUAGAUGAAGAAGUCUAUGUGGAACAACCACUAGGCUAUGAGAAAAAAGAAGAAGAAGGCAAAGUCUAUCGUCUUCGAAAUGCUUUAUACGGGGCUGAAGCAAGCACCAAGAGCAUGGAACAGCAGAAUUGA